AUAAAUAAUAAGUGUAAAACCUAUUUGGGAUUGUCCUUUUACUUAUUUUCCUUCCUCCCCCAGAACUGGUUACUGAACCCAGAGCCGUGCGCAAACAGGCAGGAGCUGUUCCUCUCCCCAGUUAGUGAACAAUGAACUCCCAAAUUGCACCGUUGUUGCCACAGACUUGCACUGAGCAAGACAGCCUGGGUCAAGCAUUUGAGGAUGCUUUUGAGGCGCUGACACAGCCUUCAGUUGGAGAACUUCAGUACUCGCCAGAAAAUAAUAAAAAUUACAUGGCAUUCCUUAACCAUUAUCCUAACAUCAGAGGCAGUUCCAAUUGGUGUGGAAUGUUACCCCCAGAAGAGCCCACCUAUAACUGGAGAAAUGUAACUAAUGGCUCUGGGGACUUGUAUUUGGAAGAAAAUAUCCAUCAAUCUCUGCACAGCAUAACUGAACACCAGCUGGCACAAGCCACCCUCUUCCAGCAAAAGGGAGGAAAAGGCAGGAGGAAGCUUCGUCUGUUUGAAUACCUUUAUGAAUCUCUGUGCAAUUCAGAGAUGGCAUCUUGUAUUCAGUGGGUCGACAAAACCAAAGGCGUCUUUCAGUUUAUAUCAAAAAACAAAGAAAAGCUUGCUGAGCUUUGGGGCAAAAGAAAAGGUAACCGAAAACCCAUGACUUACCAGAAGAUGGCCAGAGCCCUGAGGAACUAUGCCAGGACUGGAGAGAUCACGAAAAUCCGGAGAAAGCUGACCUACCAGUUCAGCGAAGCUGUUCUCCAAAGACUCUCUCCAUCUCCCUUCCUGGGGAAAGACCUCUUCUACUCACAGUACGGCCAGUCUGAUCAGGAGUAUCUCAGCUUGAACUCCUGGAAUCCAAACUACUACCCUUAUGCCGGUUACCAGAACUAAGCCACCCCAGCUUCGAACUGUUCUAUCAUUUCUUGCUCUGCUAGGAUCAGAAAACCCAGGGCUUCAGAAUUUUCCCUCACAGAUCCCACAUCUAUGAUACAGAAACAACAUCUAAGGAGGGCUGUGACAGAACACGUGCAGACUUUUCUUGUUGUCCUGACAACUUUGUUUUUUUUUUUUUUUUCUCCGAGACAGGGUUUCUCUGUGUAGCUUUGGAGCAUGUUCUGGAUCUCGCUCUGUAGACCAGGCUGGCCUCAAACUCACAAAGAUCCGCCUGGCUCUGCCUCCCGAGUGCUGGGAUUAAAGGUGUGUGUCACCACUGUCUGGCUUAGUCCUGACAACUUUUUAGGUAGUUCAAAGGAAGCUGAAGAUAUACAGAUAGCUGCAAGUGAACGAACUAUGAGCAUCCUUCUCAUCGUUUGCUUUUGUAACAGACUUAGUACCCAUAGAUUGGGUAACCAAGAACAGUGUGGAUCAGACUAGAUGCAUCUCCUGUGGUCCAGGGUGGCUUUGAACUCACCGAAAUCCAGGUGGAUCUCAGUCUCCCAAGUGCUAGGAUUAAAGGUGUGUGCCACCA